AUGUCGCAGCAGGCACGACGACGACGACGCUCCCCCGCCGCCCCAGGACAGCGCCGCGAACAGACCAAGGACGUCAGCGGUAGGCGGGAUCCCAACCGCGGACCAGAGGAUCAAAGACGAGGCGGGAGCGCUGCCGUCGAGAUGGAUCGAUUAUCGGGGUCCUCAAUCGUGCGCGCGCUGCGUCGGCAGCCCGUCUGGAUCGUGCUGGCCGUGUCGAGCGGAGCGUGUGCGGCGUUCAAUGGUGUUUUUGCAAAGUUAACAACCACGUCUCUGACAUCCAACCUCUCCUCCUCCAUCGCCACCUUCCUCUCCCUGUCCGCCGACAACACCUUGAUCGACCUCGCCGUCCGGGCCACAUUCUUCGUGCUCAACCUCGUCUUCAACGCCCUGAUGUGGGCGCUGUUCACGUCCGCGCUGACCCGCGCCGAGUCGACCACGCGCGUCAGCAUCGUCAACGUCUCGGCCAACUUUGUCAUCACCGCUGUGCUCGGCGCGUUGAUCUUCGGCGAGAAGCUGAAGGGAAUGUGGUGGGUGGGUGCGGGCAUGUUGGCCGUGGGUAACGUCGUGAUUGGGAGGAGAGAGGAAGGCGGGAAGCCCGGCGGGAAUAUCGGACUGGACGAGACGAGGGGGGAGGCGGAGCAGGCGGAGCGAAUGAUCAUGGGCGGAGAACGAGAACAAGAACAAGAAAGAGGAGGCGACCACCGUGCAGCAGCAGAAGGGGACCUGGUAGAGCUGGAUGACAACCUUGAGGGACCGACGACGAGGGGGGGAGAAACGCAGAGUAGGUUGAGGAAGGGAGAAGAGGCCGAUGAUCCGAUCUAA